CAGGUUGUUCUUACGUGAUAGGGUCAAAAGAGCUGUUUUUGCCUCAACCACAAAAUUCUCUGGAAUUCUCUUCAGGGACGACUCAACCCUAUAAAAGGGAGUCCAGUGGAGUCAGGAGGAACUUGGGAGGACACUGUGAAGGGCCCCGCUUGUGGCACGAUGAAGAGCCUUCCUGUUGGCUUUUUUGUUCUCCUGAUCUUCAUCCUGAGUGUCCAUCUCGGAGUUGCCACACGUGGCAGCAAUGUGGCCAAGUUCUGCUGCUUCCAAUAUAGCCACAAGAUCCUUCCUUGGAAGUGGGUGCAUUCCUAUAAAUUCACCAGGAACAGCUGCUCCCAUCGGGCUGUGAUAUUCGUUACCAAAAAAGGCCAUAAAGUCUGUGCACAGCCAAAGGAAAAAUGGGUGCAAAGAUACAUUUCUUUACUCAGAGCACAGCAGCAAAUGUGACCUGUUGAACCUUCAGCCCCAGGGUUCCUGGACCCUGCUCUUGAGAUUGCUAUCCUUGGUGGAGCCUGGAGAUUUUCUUCAGCAGGAGGCCCCAUGGGCUGGAGGAG